CACACAAUUCCCAAUCAAUACGCGUUUACAAUGGAAAAAUAUAAGAAUUUUCACGGAAAAUUCGUAAAUUGAGCUUAAAUUAGGACUGUGAUACAAAAACAAACGCGAUUCGGGACAUUUUAACAUGCAAAUUAUCGCUUUUUCCGCAAACAACUGAAGAGAUACGCGAAAAAACAUGCGAUUAAGUUUCGGUGCCGUACUUUUAAUCAUUUUCAGUAUUAUUUUGUCGCUACUUUUGGCGAAUGUCGCGAAAAUUAUUAGCACAGAAGCAGGUUUGUACAAAAAUGUCGAGCAUAUUGAGACGAGCGACAAGAAAAGUUCGCAAAAUGACAAUAAGGGCGGUUACGUAAAAACUUUAGAUGAUAAGCCGAAGGAGUUGAUGUGGUUCCUACAAAUCUCUGACAUUCAUGUGAGUAAGUUCAAGGAUGAAGGUCGAGUGAAGGAUUUUCGCGAGUUUUGUACAAAAACCGUUGAUAUCAUUAAACCACCGAUUGUUUUAGCAAGUGGUGAUUUAACAGACGCUAAAAGCAAAUAUAUUGUCUCUUCGAGCCAAUAUGAGGAAGAAUGGAAGACCUACAAUGACGUUCUCGAGUCAUCCGGUGUCUUGAAGAAGCUGAAAUGGAUCGAUAUUCGUGGCAAUCACGACAAUUUCAAUGUCCCGGCACUCUUUUCUCACAAAGAUAUGUACAUGACAUACUCUUCAGCCAAAAAACCUCGUUCUUAUUUGGAACAAGUGACUGUCGAUAACAUAACUUACAACUUUAUCGCCGUCGAUGGAUGUUUAAACCCCGGGCCCAAGCGACAAUUUAACUUUGUGGGAGUUUUAAAUCGCAAUGACACGAAUUUACUUCACAAUUUAGCACGUGAAGCGCAUCAAAAAGGAAGUUAUACCGUUUGGUUUGGUCAUUUUCCGACUUCUUGCAUCUUAACUCCCGACGACGAGUCCCAUGGAAUUCGCCAAAUUAUCGGAGAUUAUGCCGAAAGUAUGGUUUAUCUCUGCGGGCACUUUCAUACAUUCGCCGGAACUGUCCCACGGAUGUACACUUUGCAUCACGAGGGCUUUUUAGAGCUUGAAUUAGGCGAUUGGAUGCAAAAUCGCUUGUAUCGUGUCGUUGCAUUCGAUCAUGGGUUACUUUCUUUCGUCGAUGUGAAGCACGGAAAGUGGCCCGUUGUGUUAGUGACAAACCCGAAAAAUGCUCUUUUUAAUGCGCCCGUUCGUGAAGACAUUCAACUUCAACGGGAAUCGACUCAUAUUCGACUUUUGAUCUUUUCGACGGCGCCAAUUGUGGAAUGUCGCGUGAAAAUUGACACAAAUUCGUGGCGGGAUUGUCAAAAAGUGACGGAAAACUUUUACGCAGCGCCAUGGAAUCCCAAAAAUUACUUAAAAGGCUUGCAUGAAAUCUCGGUUUAUGUCUUGGAUGAACAUGGACAAUCACGGAGCGUCACCCAAAAGUUCUCUCUGGAUGGAACGCGAUUGCCAUUUGACAUUAUGGCACGAUUGGUGCUCAUGGGAGAGCUCAAUACCAUCGUCAAAUACUUCUUUUUCGGUGCGGUUCUUCUUUGUGUCAUCCCGUUGGUCACUUUUAAGCUGUGGCACAUCCUCGUGAAACGUGAAAUUGUUCAAAGACCUGACCUGCGACUCAAUUGGUGCAAGAAAAUGUGGCUUUUAUCGACGGUUGAUCGAAUUUUCUACCCGAUCGUGUGUUAUGUGCUCUAUUUAACUGUCGGUCCAUGGGCUUUUGGCGAAGUAAUUGACGGGCAUUUCGGUAUUGUGUUCGUUUGGGGUGUUCUAGUUGACGGAGUUUUACUUCCCGGCACUCUCAACUACGUUCAUGGCUUUUGGCAGUUGCUGCUUUGCCAAUUUCCGUUGAUAAAUUUAAUCGCAGGGAACGUUCGUCGUCGUUUUUACGUCAAACAAACGGGAAAAAUGAAGGAAAUUUCUUUUUGUCAAAAAAUAAAGCGACAUUUGGCGUUCUCGUUGAUCAUGACAGUGGAGCUUACAUUAAGUUUCAUCUUUUUUUACGAAUAUGGAGCGAUUGCGUUCAUUGUGGCACCGAUGCGGACAUGGGCACUUGUUUUAAAUAUCUUUUUGUAUCUUUACUCGUUGAAUUUACCGCAAGAGUGUUUGACCUCAGCAGCAAGCGUUUGGUCGUCAGAAGUUAAAUCAACGUCAUCGCAGGAGUAAAUUUUUCUCAUUUUAGUGUAACAGUACAUUACCAAUUACGUUAUUUACGUUCAACAUAAUAGUACAAGAUGUUCCUUUGUAGAGGAUUUUAGUUUUUUUUAAGCUAGUCACGAGUAAAGUAGUUAACCACAUUUUUUUAAAUGGCCUAUGUAACCACAGACUUGACUUUUUUACGUGUAGAAAGAGUUUAAUCAAUGCUGUCGAUAAUAUUUAAUCAAAUUUAUAGCAAUUUUGAAUCAAAUUCAAUAAAGAUUUUUAAAAUCUGGUAGAAAUAUUA